AUGCAAGCGGCACAGUUUCAAGAUACAUUUUUGAGGAGCCUAAUGCAUUCUGAAGACACGGCAAAGAGACAAACGGGGCACAAUGAUGACAGAAGAACUUUGGAAGAUCACUUAAAUACAAUACAGAUUAUAUGUCUUUUAAAGAAGUAUCUGCAUGAUGAGCCAAGGCUGCUUGACAUGAUAUUGCUCCUGGCUAAGGAGCAGCAUGGAGGGAGACAUGAAGAUUAUCACCUGGGCCAAGACGAUGUUAUUUCAACUAAUUCCACAACAGGUCUACUUGGGAACGCCACACAAAAUGAAUUUACAACCAUUGUUCUGCCAGUGCUUUACCUCAUCAUAUUCCUGGCAAGCAUCUUACUGAAUGGUCUAGCAGUAUGGAUUUUCUUCCACAUCAGAAACAAAACAAGUUUUAUCUUUUACCUCAAAAACAUUGUGGUUGCAGACCUCCUAAUGACACUGACAUUUCCAUUUAAAAUAAUUCAGGACUCGAGACUGGGACCAUUGCACUUUAACUUUUUUCUAUGCCGAUAUUCCACAGUUUUGUUUUAUGCAAACAUGUAUACUACGAUUGUGUUUCUUGGACUCAUUAGCAUUGACCGGUAUCUGAAAGUGGUAAAGCCAUUUGGGGAUUCCAGAAUGUACAGUAUUACUUUCACCAAGAUUUUGUCUGCAUGUGUUUGGGUUGUUAUGGCUUUUCUAGCCUUACCAAAUUUGAUUCUCACCAAUGAAUAUCCAACAAAGAAAAAUAUAGAUGAUUGCAUAAAACUUAAAACUCCCUUGGGAGUAAAAUGGCAUGAAGCAGUCAUUUAUAUCAACACCUGUAUGUUUGUAGCAGUACUUAUUGUACUAAUAGGAUGUUACAUUGCUAUAUCCAGGUACAUAUACAAAUCAAGCAAGCAAUUUAUUAGCUCAUCAAGCAGAAAACGAAAACACAACCAAAGCAUAAGAGUUGUUGUGGCUGUAUUUUUCACAUGCUUUCUCCCAUAUCAUUUGUGUAGAAUACCCUUUACUUUUAGCCACAUAGAUAAACUUUUAGAUGAUUCAGCACAUAAAAUUCUGUACUACUGCGAGGAAAUGACACUUUUCCUGUCUGCAUGUAAUGUAUGUCUGGAUCCAAUCAUCUACUUUUUCAUGUGUAGAUCAUUUUCACGAAGGCUGUUCAAGAAAUCAAAUAUGCGAACCAGGAGUGAAAGUAUCAGGUCACUUCAAAGCAUCAGAAGAUCAGAAGUUCGCAUAUAUCAUGAAUACACGGAUGUGUGA